AUGUCCAGCACUAGCACCCAAAUUCGAUCGGAAGUCAGACAACUCAGACUCCGACUUAGGCCAUACCAGCUCGACACUUCUGAUGGCGGUAACACCGAGCUCGCUCAGUCUGGGGCUGCCACUCCCGAGGUCGACGAAGCCAACACCGAAAUCGUCGAUAUGGACCAGUUCGACAGGUCGGGUGUUGUCUCCACUACGGCUGAGGCGGCAGGGUCCGGCAGCCCCGCAGCCCAGGUGGCGCCCCAGCGAUCCCGAAGCUUGAUUCGGCGUAUUAUUAGUACUCCGUUCGGCUCAUGGGUCGAACUGGGACUGGGGAUUUACGUGAGCCUGGCGUUGGGAUCUGCCGUCACAGGAGUAUACGAUCACUUCCGCCAGCCCCGGACUGUCAACGACGCCUGCUUCUGCCAGGAUGUCUGGCACACUUGUCCGCCUGGCUUCUCAAUGAGAAGGAUCGGCAUGGGCGACUUCGACAUCGCCGAGUGCAUAUCCGACCUCAACUGGGCUUUCAAUCAAGGCCAGGAUGUAACCCGGCGUCUGCUUAGAGCUGCCGGCGCUGGAGCUGGCCUCGCUCUGCUCCGUCGCGUCCGUGACGCCGGCGCCAUCUUCCCCUGGAAUCCGCUGCGCCUCGGUCUUCCCAGACGGCCGACUUGGGAAGGAGAUGGGAGCCCCUCAGAUGGCGUAGUCCGCCGAGCCCCUAUCCGCAGACAUCACUUCAAUAUCCCAGGGGUUCCCUACCUGCUUGGCUUCUUUGCCUUGCUUGCCGUCGUUCAAAUCUUGAUCUUGUUUUAUCGGAUCGUCACCGCCGUACCGCCGGACGCGCCCUAUCCUGCCUGUGAAGAAGGACCCGACGGCUGGUGGGUUGCCAAUAUCGUGGGGGGAAGGGCUACCUGCUACACUUCGCAAACCAUGGCGCGGAACAUCAACAGCAGUGUCGGUUUGGCUCUGCUGGUCUUGCCCAUUGCAUGGCUUGCGGCCGUCUUAUUGCACGAGGACAACAUGGCGAUGAAGUUUCAGUUCUUGCACCCUGGCGACGACGCGGAAUCCGCGGACAGGACGGCGCGAACACCAGACGGUUGUAUGAAGUAA